UCAUCUUAUUCGAUUUUCAUCACCAUUACCAGAUCAGCUUCAUGUCUCUCUUAACUCACCAUCAUCAUCUCAAAAGAUAACCAUCAUCCACGCCAAAAUAACUUCAUCUCAAAACUCAGAUUUGGCUUCUUCUUCUCUCUCUCUCUUUUUUUUUUUUUUUGCUAUUUUUGGGCUAUGGUUUUAUUGGUUAUGGGUAUAGAUUAUUGAUGGUGGGGUUGGGUUAUUGAUGAUGUAGAUUGAGGUGCAGAAGAUGGUGGUAGUGGGGGCUCAGGGAGGGAGGUGGUGUGGAAGCUUUGAUGGGGAGGGUUAAAGGGCACUGAAGAAGAUGGGUUUUCUAAACAUUUUGUUUUACAUUUUCUUAAAUAUUAUCGGACCAUUUUCAUGAGUACAACAGGGAUUGCAGUUAGCCGAAGGAUGUUGUUGUCUUCCUUUAUCAACGGUGACAAAUCCUUUCUUCUCCUUGAAUCGGUCUUCACAGGUGCAUCCAUGGUAUAGCUCAGAGCAAUCUUUCAACUACUUCUGUCACGGUUUUUGUUAUCCAAAAGCUAUAAUGGUCUCAAUGGAAACUUCAACCAAAUCUGCUACUUUGGUGGUUGAUUGGGAGAAAAAUAAAAUGGAACUAUUGCUCAAAUGCCCCUUAGCAUUUUGGUCAAAAGUCAACAAGGAAUACAUGUCAUCACCUGAUUGGACUGCAUGCCACAUCAUGAAAGUUUGGUACCAAAUUGAUUAACUGUAAAAUAUUUUCACUCGGAGUCAAUUGAAUUAAAUAUUGACCCCUACUUCCACAUCUGGUGUUUGCUCGAAAUACUUGUAAGGUAAUACAUAUUUUUUAUUUAGAUAAAACAAUAAAGCAAGGUCCAUGAAUAUGGCAGAUUUUCAUUUCUCCCGGAUAGGCACAAUCGAGAAGCAACCCAUACCUUUGCCCAUUAUUUUAAGCAACCCCUGCGUUUUUUUUACUCUCUAAAACAAUUUUUUUUAUGAACAGUGUUUGUUUAGUUCCAAGACAAGAGUACUGGAACCGCUAAUUCAAGCCUUCUAAUAUUAGUUCUCCUUUUUUACUUCUUCUUCUUCACAACAACCACCACCACCUAAACAAUCCCAUAUAAAAACAUAGCAAGGAAUCUGCGUUUCAAUGGCGUCUCUGACCCCUAUUUCCCACUCCCACUCCCACUCCCUUCUUAAAAGGGCCAACGUUAGACCCCCUCCUCCUCCCAGUUUCUUUUCCAGUUUCAUCCUCAAGGAUUUCCCAUAUUCCAAAACUCUCUCCCUUAAACUUCCCAGGAUGCUUACUAGGAACGUCGUUGUAUCAGCCACGACGGCGGAGAAGCCCAGGAAGAGGUACCCUGGGGAAGCUAAAGGGUUUGUGGAAGAGAUGAGGUUCGUGGCUAUGAAAUUGCAUACUAAGGAGCAAGCCAAGGAAGGAGAGAAGGAAGUGAAACAACCUGAAGAGCGGCCCGUUCAGAGAUGGGAGCCCAGCGUUGAUGGGUACUUGAAGUUCCUUGUGGAUAGCAAGUUGGUUUACGAUACGCUCGAAGGAAUUAUUGAUAAGGCUCCUUUCCCUAGCUAUGCUGAAUUCAGAGACACUGGACUGGAAAGGUCUGAAAAAUUGGCAAAGGAUUUACAGUGGUUCAAAGAGCAAGGCUGCACUAUUCCAGAACCAUCUUCUCCUGGUGUUACGUAUGCUGAGUAUCUGAAAGAAUUAUCUGAGAAGGAUCCACAAGCAUUCAUAUGCCAUUUCUACAACAUUUAUUUUGCCCACUCAGCUGGCGGCCGGAUGAUUGGGAAGAAGGUAGCUGAGAAGAUACUUGACAAGAAGGAGUUAGAGUUUUACAAAUGGGAUGGUGACCUUUCGCAACUGUUACAAAAUGUGAGGGACAAGCUGAAUAAAGUCGCUGAGAGCUGGACUAGAGAAGAGAAGAACCAUUGCUUGGAAGAAACUGAGAAAUCAUUCAAAUAUUCUGGGGAUAUCCUUCGACUGAUAUUGUCAUAGUAUGCCAAUGCUGCUUUCUUCUUCUGCUUUUUCUGUUUUCGAAUCUUCACUUCUUGUGUUUUCAUAUGGGAUUCCCACUCAUAAUCAACAAUGUGGACUGAACUUGUAAACAUAUUUCUGGAAUUUUUUUUUCCUUUUUUAAUACCACUAAGCUACUUGUAAAGUUUCAUUUGUAUUAUUAUGAUGAAUAUUGAUUUGGGUACAAUAUUGAUAAACUUCAAAUAUUAAUAGUAUUAUCUCAUUAUUUU